CUUUUUUCAUAUUGCGCGAUCGAGAAAAUCGCCGACUUCCGGAUUCCGUGGACUCCGCAGCGCCGAUGGGACGGGUCACUCGAUCCAAAGCUCAACUCGAAACAAAAGGAUGCGGUCGUCGCCAUCACGACGCCAAUUUCGGUCACGCUGUCUCCGAUCCUGCUGGUUGGGCCCUUUGGCACCGGGAAGACGUACACGCUGGCGCAGGCCAUCAAAAAGCUGCUGCUGCAGCCGGAGUCGAAUUCGGCCGCCGAUUUGUAUAUCAAGGACUACCUGCACCCGUGGGUCGAGGAGGGUGGUGGGGAGGAGGCCAAACCAUUGCGCGUUUACUAUUACAAGCGCUGGGUCGCCACCGUCAACAGCAUCGUCCAGAAGUACUGUCUGAUCGACCUGAACAUCAACGUGCGCAUCUUUCGGCGGCCAACCGUCGAAAACAUUCUCAAGUAUCGCAUCGUGGUGGUAUCGCUGAACAUUUCGAUGGAGCUGGCCUGGUCGAUCUGCCCAAGGGACACUUUACACACAUCUUCCUGGACUAAGCGGCCCAGGCCAUGGAGUGCGAGGCGAUCAUGUCGUUGGUGCUGGCGACGCAGAAGAUACGCAUCGUGCUGGCCAGUGACCACAUGUAAAUGUCCCGGAGGCGAAAGAAUCCGCCAGCAGAUUCGUCCCCAGACAGCACAGCACCUGACGGCCAGCGGCCGACCGUUGAUUCCACCGCCGAUGAGGAGUCCGGUCCAGCAGCAGCAGCAACAGUGACAACAACAGCAGCUGUCUGCGCCGCAAAUGCCUUGUCUCCAGCAGCCGAAGCCAGCCCUUCCGAACUACGGCCCAUUCCCAGCCCCAACAUCCACGCCAUCAGCAACACCAGAACCACAUUCGCCCGGUGAUGGGCGGCGGCGGUGGCGGAGGCGGUCCCAUCAGCCCAAGUUCGUAUCGUUCGGACUGUCUAUCGACUUGAUGGCAUCGAUUACGGCCUUGCCGCUUCGCAAAUGCAAAUGCCCCCUCAGCAGCA